AGUGUAGUUUGAAUCCGCGUCUGUUUGUGUGCAGACAUCUUUAAUCCCCGUCCGGUCACCGGAAGCGCCAGAUAAAGCCGAGGCUGCAAAGUGCGUCACAGAGCGGACCUGUGUGUGGACAACCGACGCAGCUUCAGCACCGACACCGUCAACCUCCACUUCUCUGCGCGCACAAGCAAUUCCGUCUGUUUGGUUGUUCGGCUCCACCAUGGUGAAGAUCGCCUUCAACUCGGCUCUGGCGCAGAAGGCGCUGGGUAAAGAGGCGACAGUCGCCGGGGAGAAGGACCCUGAGCUGGCCUCUUCUCCAGCGAUCAACGGCUCCACAGGUCGCUGUCUUCUUACCCUGCUGGGCAUUGCCUUCAUCCUCAGUGGCCUCAUCGUGGGGGGAGCGUGUCUUUAUCGAUAUUUCACCCCAAAGAGGCUGUAUCAUGGCGCCAUGCAGUACAAUGAAGUGCCAGCCGAGGCUUUUGGAGAGAGCCAGCCGUACUACCUGCCCCGCGUGGAGGAGGAGGUGGAGAUCUCUGACAACAUGGCCGUCAUCAGCGUCCCCCCUCCCCGCUUCAGACCUGGUGACCCUGCAUACAUCCUUCAUGACUUCAACAGGAAGCUGACAGCAUAUCUGGACCUGACUCUGAGGACCUGCUUUGUGAUUCCUCUCAACACCUCGGUGGUGCUUCCUCCUCAGGACCUCAUUGACCUCUUCUCACAGCUGAUGGUGAGUGGUCAGCUUGUGUCCUCAGGGUGCUAA